AAAAUUAUGUGAUUAGGUAGGUGAUUAAUAAUGUAGGACACACUCAAACAGGAGACAGUAGUUUGAAACCUAAGCAAAAUUCUUUCCCGUAAGCUUUUAUUCGUCACCUUUUGUUUUCAUGAGAUAAUUUGAAUAAUUUUUAAAAUUAAAUUAAUUUACUAUUUUAAAAUCAAAUUUUAGAUAUUAAAAUCUUUGAGUUACAUUUCUUUUAUGAAAAAUAUAUUUUAAAAUAUUAAUUAAAAUUUAUAUAAUUUAACUCUCAAUAAAUAAAACAUGAUAAUUAAAAAUAAUCGUAUUAGUACCAUAGAUUUGAAUUAAAUUAAUACUCUCACAAAUCACAAUAUUCUCUUUUGUUUUCUCCCUCCUAUUAAUUCCCUUUAUUUAUUAUAUUUUAAUUGAAUUGAAUCCAACUUACUGUCUAUAAAUUUGGUUAGCCCCUACUCUUUGGAAACCCCCCCUUCUCUCUUACUAAUGUUCUUCCUUAACUAAUAUACCAACAGAAGGAAUUAAAUUUUAAUGUAAUUGUAGGCAGUUAGUUGCCCUGCAUGUGCUUUGCCAUCGCACAGAGUUUGCUUUUUUAGACUAAUAAUCGCACCGCCCAUUACUCUCUUUAUAAUCUUAUUUUGUCAUAUAACUGCUAUUUGAUUCUCUUCAUUGAAGCCCUUUUUCUCCAACUUUGUACUAUAUAAAUCUCUCCCGCUAUUUUUUGACACUUCAAUUGUAGUCAUUAAAAAAAAUAUAAGACACAAUGGGAGAAGAAAUAAAACAGGAGGCACCAAAGGAAGACGUGAAAGUAGAGGAGAAAAAGGAAGAGCAAACAGAGGAGAAGAAGGAAGAGGAGAAAAAAGAAGAGCCAAAACCACCAUCACCUUUUGUUUUGUAUGUGGACUUGCAUUGUGUUGGAUGUGCCAAGAAAAUUGAGAGGUCUAUUUCAAAGAUUAGAGGGGUUGAGGGAGUAGUGAUAGACAUGGCAACAAACCAAGUGACAAUAAAGGGAGUAAUAGAGCCACAAGCAGUGUGCGACAGGAUUACCAAGAAAACUAAGAGAGUGGCAAAAGUAUUGUCACCCUUGCCGGUAGCUGAGGGUGAACCAAUUCCUGAAGUUGUUGCUUCACAGGUAAGUGGAUUGACUACUGUGGAACUUAACGUGAACAUGCAUUGUGAUGCCUGCGCCGAGCAACUUAAAAAGAAGAUUCUUAGAAUGAAAGGAGUUAGAACUGCGGAAACAGAAGCCAGCACAGGUAAAGUUACGGUUACAGGCACUAUGGAUGCUAACAAGCUAGUCGACUACGUCUAUCGACGCACCAAAAAGCAAGCCAAAAUUGUACCUCAACCCGAACCUGAGCCCGAAAAGCCCACUGAAGAGCCCAAGCCCGACGAGGCAAAGCCCGUUGAAGAACCAAAGCCUGAAGAAGGAGCCGCCCCCGAAAAGAAAGACGGGGGCGGCGAUGGUGAAAAACCACCAGAGGAAGAAAAGAAAGAAGGCGGCGACGACGGUGGCGGAGAAGAGAUGAUCGUUCCAAUUGGAGAUCAUGACGAUCAACAUACUAUUAAUAAGAUGAUGUAUUAUUAUCCAUAUCAGCCACUUUAUGUCAUUGAAAGAAUUCCACCACCACAGCUCUUCUCAGAUGAAAAUCCUAAUGCAUGUUGCAUUACAUAAUAAACAUGCAAACAAUGAUAUAGUAAUUAAUUGAUCUAUCCCCACACUGAGUUUUUAUGAUAUUGUGGGAUGAUGAUUAAUUAAACACGUACGUAGGAGUAUUUAAUGUGUUGUAUGGAGAUGAUCAUGUGAAGGGAUAUUAUUUUCCCUAGAUGAAUAAUGAUAAAUACCAAUAUUUAUCGUGUAAUAUCGAAUCUUGAAGAAUAGUGAGCCUUCAAGAGUAGAGAUGUCACGUCAUUGUUGUUUCUUGUGUGUAUAUAUUACCAUUUUCAAUGUUAAGAUAUGAUUUUCUUUUUCUUUCUAA